AUCAGCGCAGCUGAGAGGAAUUGGCGGCCGCGCGUCAGUUGGUCGCUGACAGUCCGGGAUAACUUUUCAUCUGUCAUUCGAGCGCGGUCGAUUCGAAGGAGAGUCUAAGCGCGACGACGCGCGUCUCGCAAAAUGGCAGAACGAAGCCGCGCGGAUUUUCUCACGCUCGUCUACCUCUGCUGUCUCCUCGCGCAGGCGGUUCACUCGAACCCGGUAAACAUCCCCCUGAAAUUGGUGUCCCCGCGGCUGCUGGAGAAGGCGUGGAGGGCCUUGAAUGAUCACUCGCCUACGCAUCAUCUGUACGCGCAAGGCAAUCUGAUAAAUGCGCAGAAAUUGGAGGAGCCGCCUUACAAGGUGUACAAGUUCACGUACGAUUUGAGUCCGAUAUGCGGAACUGAGUCAUGUCCUAGGGAGGCCUGCACUAUCGAUCUGAAGCAAGACGAGCACGGCGACAUAGAAACAUUGAAUGAUUCCAUUCAGUGCAUGUACUUUUAUCCAGCCGAUGCGCAGAAUGACAUGUCGCAGGAGCAGCAGAGCUAUCAGGAGCAGGAGGACUCUCAGGUCACUCAGGAAAAUUUGGCCGAACAGGUGAAGGGCAAUCGAAGCGUCGAAUUGGACCACGAAAUUCAAGAGACUGGCGAUGACAACAUCAGACCGUUUAUUGCCAUGCGCGCCUCCGGCAACAAUUAUUGUCCAGGUUGCCCGUACGAGUUGAAUCCGAAUCUACCGGGUCUUCUUACUUUUGGCGAGCAAGCAUUGAGAUCGAUGGACGAGCAGACGGCAGGCGAUUACAAGCAUAAAUUGAUGAGCAUCGUGAGGGUUAUCCGUUCGGUACCAGUCUCGUCUAAUGUAAUACAAUAUCAAUUAUUGCUGCUAAUAGGCGAGUCCGAAUGUCUGAAGAAUGCUUUGGAGCAGGAGCAGGAAUGUCCAUUGAGAACUACUAUUCCGACUCGGUUAUGCCUGGUCACCUUCGAACAACAACCAUGGCACCAGGCGUCUCUCAGAGUGACUAAGAACAACUGUACCGAUCCUGAAAACACGUCCAGCGUUAGCAAUCAAUCCCAGACAUCAAAUUUGGAAAGCGAAUCUUUGGUGACAGUUAAGUAUGACGAAGGACAACCAUCCCGUACCGAAAUGACCGAUGUCUAUGAAAGUUUUAAGGAAAUAUUGGAUAAUUAUACCCAUGCUCCUUCGACACCGUCGAAGGAGCCUGAGGAAACUGAGGUAACAGAAUCCGCUAUCGUAAAAGUAGUGUUGAACAAGAGUCAGGACAACGAUAAAGAAGAGAUUUUAGGCUUUACGGACAAGACGAAAGAGUUCAGAGAAUUUUUGGAAGAUUUCGAUCUGCCUGUCAAAAUAGAGGACGCUAUACCCAAUACAGGUUCUACAACCAGGAAGGAAGUUAAGGAGGAGAAGUUUCAACGAAAGAAGAUUUCCAUGGAUGAUUUCAAAACGAAUAGUAGAGAUGUUGUUAAUAGAAGAAAACGGUCGACGCGUUUAGUCGGAGCUGCCGAGCCGAUAUCUAUAAACCAUCCCGACAUUCAACUUUAUGCUGAGAAAGCGCUGCGCAAAGUUUCUACGGAAUCGAACGAUCCGAAUGAGCCGUUUUUAGUAGAAAUUACCGAGGCGAGUGUCCAGGUGGUUGCCGGUAGCCUCUAUAGGAUCAAGGUCAAGUUGGGUACCAGCGAUUGUCCGAAGGGCACCAAGGACAAUUGCAAAUUGUUGACGGGAAGCGAAGUAAAGGAAUGUACGAUAAAGGUGUGGUCACGACCGUGGCUCGAUCAGGGAUCACCUGAAAUAACGGUGGAAUGUCCCUCGACACAAAACAAAAGAAAGAAACGGUCUUUACGCGGCGUUAAUUACAAUACAAAGAUGUUACAAAUCGCUGAGGACAUCAAGACCGAGCGGUUGUUCGAUCACUUCGUGACGACUUAUAAUCGGACGUAUUCUACGCCGGAAGAGAGGAAUCUGCGUCUCCAGAUAUUCCGCGAGAAUCUCGGUAUUAUAGACAUGCUGCGGAAGACCGAGCAGGGAACCGGUAUUUAUGGUAUCAACAUAUUCGCCGAUAUAUCGCGCAAGGAAUUCCGAACGCAUUAUCUCGGUUUACGACCGGACCUGCGAUCCGAAAAUGAGAUCCCUCUGCAAAAAGCUGAGAUCCCAGACAUUGAGAUACCAGCCAGUUUCGACUGGCGACAGAAGGGCGUCGUGACUCCGGUGAAGAAUCAAGGUGCAUGCGGUUCAUGCUGGGCGUUCUCAGUCACGGGCAACGUUGAGGGCCAAUACGCGAUUAAGCACGGCCAACUGCUAUCUCUGUCCGAGCAGGAACUGGUGGAUUGCGAUGAUCUCGACGACGGCUGCGGCGGCGGUCUACCGGAUAAUGCGUACAGAGCCAUCGAGAAGUUAGGCGGUCUCGAGUUAGAAUCGGAUUAUCCGUACGAUGCGGAGAACGAGAAGUGUCAUUUUAAGAAGAGCCUGGCCAAAGUACAAUUGACCUCCGCUGUCAACAUUACAUCCAACGAAACACAAAUGGCGCAGUGGUUGGUGCACAACGGUCCAAUAUCCAUCGGCAUUAAUGCUAACGCCAUGCAAUUCUAUAUUGGUGGUGUCUCGCAUCCUUUUAAAUUUCUGUGCAAUCCUGCGAACCUGGAUCACGGUGUGUUAAUCAUAGGAUACGGAACCAGCACGUAUCCACUUUUCCACAAAAAACUACCAUAUUGGAUCGUCAAAAAUAGUUGGGGAAAAUCUUGGGGCGAACAGGGGUACUACAGAGUUUACCGCGGAGAUGGUACUUGCGGGCUUAAUAUGAUGGCCUCGAGUGCUAUUGUUCUUUAAUACUGAAUAUACGUAAAUAAGUUUUUCAUGACAAUUAACUUAUAAUCGUUCCAAAGUGUUAUACAUAUAUAUAUAUAUAUAUAUAUAUAUAUAGAUAUAUAUAGAUAUUCUUUUCUACUAAUUAAUGUCGAUUUUAAAACUGAAUCCAAUUGCUUGCCAAAUAUUUGACAAAUGUGACUUGACCCCAUUGUUGAUACACUAUGUAUUAUAAUUUCCAUCCGAUAUGAUGUGCAACUAUCUGGCAAACAUAUGGAUCGUUGGAAGUUAGAUAUUAUAUGUUGUGCGAUUUGUGCUAAGUUUAAUUCUCUGGGAUAAAAAACGAUUACAUCGUUUACGACAAUCUUAUUCGUUUGUUGAAAAGUUCAAAAUUAAUAAAUUAUAUAAUAAUUCGCGAAUGUUUUACAAAUCCAUUUUAUAAAAAAAAUAUAUAUAUAUAGAUAAUAUAUAAAUAUUUAAAGUAUUUAUGUUGAAAAUAUGCAACGAUGUUGAAACUACAGCAAGAAAAGAUAUUAAAUGUUCUAUGAAUUUCGUUUUAAUCGCACGUACAUAAAAAUCAGCGAACAUAAAAAAAGUAAAAGCGUAAAAAAAUCUUUUUGUAUUUUAUAAUUUUUAAAUUUGUUACAACCAGAAUUUUUUUUAAAGAUUUACAACGAAUUUUUAACUUUGCAUAAAUCCGGGGAAGAAUAGUUUUAUAUUCUAUUUGUUAACUCGGAUAAAGAGCGAAAAAAAUCAUUCAUAAGAAAGUAAAUGAAACGAGGAAAUAAGUAAUUCAAUUUUUAUUGAAUGCAAUAAAGGUGACUAUGCGAAACCAUGUCAAUUUAAUAUACCUGAAAUCUUUAAUACGGUCGAGUAUGUUCGAAACUUAAAUUAGUGUCAUUAAAACAUCUUUAAUAAUGAUGCGUGUACGAAAAUAUUGAGAAAUAUAACUGUGUAGAAUAAUUUUAUAAAA